UGUUGCUUCCCUCCCUCCCUCUCUCCUCUUCUGUGAUGAGUUGAGAGCUGUGCUUGCUCUCCCCCGACUUCUCGUCGCUCGCUUAAGUUGCUGCGGCUGUUGCAGAUCCACGAGAAGGUCCCAGGGUUUGCUCGCUCUCGCCCGCCCGCACGUCUGAGGAGGCUCGGCCUCCUUCUACCAAGCCCGUCGCCAUGGCGGCCGCUAGCGCGCCCAUCACUAUGAAGGAGGCUCUCACGCUGACGAGUCUUGGGAUUAACCAGCAAUUCGUUACGUUCACACAUGUGACGAUGGAGUCUGAUAAAUACAUUUGCGUACGGGAGACGUCGCCUCAAAACAGUGUGGUGAUUAUUGAUAUGUCGAUGCCUAACCAGCCUCUGCGUCGCCCGAUCACUGCGGACUCUGCCUUGAUGAAUCCGAACAGCAGAGUCCUGGCUCUGAAAGCCUUGAUACCUGGUUCGACACAAGACCAUCUCCAAAUCUUUAACAUCGAAUUAAAAGCUAAGAUGAAAUCGUAUCAAAUGCCAGAGCAGGUGGUUUUCUGGAAGUGGAUUUCGCCAAGAUUACUUGGACUCGUGACACAAACUUCAGUGUAUCAUUGGACUAUAGAAGGUGAAUCUGAACCUGUAAAGAUGUUUGAGAGGACAGCAAACCUGAGUGGCAACCAGAUCAUUAACUACAGAUGCGACCCCGCUGAGAAAUGGCUUGUAUUGAUUGGUAUCGCCCCUGGAGCACCGGAGCGGCCCCAAUUAGUGAAGGGAAAUAUGCAGUUGUUUUCAGUCGACCAGCAGAGGAGUCAAGCACUAGAAGCUCAUGCUGCAUCAUUUGCUUCUCAUCAGGUGGCCGGAAACGAUUCUCCAUCUCUACUGAUUGCAUUCACUACAAAAACUCUUACAGCUGGGCAGCUCACAUCCAAGCUGCAUAUUAUUGAGCUGGGUGCUACACCAGGUAAACCUGGUUUCUCAAAGAAGGCAGCGGAUCUGUUUUUUCCUCCAGAUUUUGCCGACGACUUUCCAGUUUCAAUGCAGAUCUCAUCUAAAUAUGGCCUCAUUUAUGUGAUUACAAAACUUGGUCUUCUUUUUGUCUAUGAUCUGGAAACUGCAACUGCUGUGUAUAGAAACCGAAUUAGUCCAGAUCCUAUUUUCUUGACAGCGGAUGCUCCUACAGUUGGUGGUUUUUAUGCCGUCAAUCGUCGAGGCCAAGUCCUCCUUGCUACAGUCAAUGAGGCUACAAUUAUCCCAUUUGUUAGUAACCAGUUGAGCAACUUGGAGCUGGCAGUGAAUCUUGCAAGACGAGGAAACCUGCCUGGAGCAGAGGGACUGGUUGUACAACGUUUUCAAGAGUUAUUCUCUCAGAUGAAGUAUAAGGAAGCAGCAGACCUUGCAGCGGAGUCGCCUCAAGGCAUCCUUCGAACUCCAGAUACUGUUGCCAAGUUUCAGAGUGUUCCGGUACAGCCAGGACAAACUUCACCAUUAUUGCAGUACUUUGGGACUUUAUUGACGAAGGGGAAGUUGAACGUAUUUGAAUCCCUUGAGCUUUCGCGGCUAGUGGUUAACCAAAACAAGAAGAAUCUACUGGAGAACUGGUUGGCAGAAGACAAGCUGGAAUGUAGUGAAGAGUUAGGAGAUCUUGUCAAGACUGUGGACAAUGACAUGGCACUCAAGAUAUACAUCAAGGCCAGGGCCACACCAAAGGUUGUUGCAGCUUUUGCUGAACGUCGUGAAUUCGACAAGAUUCUGAUCUACUCCAAGCAGGUCGGAUAUACUCCGGAUUAUCUUUUCCUACUGCAAACUAUUUUGCGAGCUGACCCUCAAGGUGCCGUGAACUUUGCUCUUAUGAUGUCUCAACUAGAAGGUGGUUGCCCCGUUGACUAUAACACCGUCACCGACUUAUUUCUUCAGCGCAACAUGAUUAGGGAGGCCACCGCUUUCCUCUUGGACGUUUUGAAGCCAAAUCUUCCAGAGCACGCCUUGCUCCAGACCAAGGUUCUGGAAAUUAAUUUGGUCACGUUUCCUAAUGUCGCUGAUGCAAUACUGGCAAAUGGAAUGUUUAGCCAUUAUGACCGUCCUCGUGUUGCUCAACUUUGCGAGAAAGCUGGUCUGUACAUGCGAGCCCUUCAGCAUUACACGGAAUUAAAUGAUAUCAAGCGCGUUGUUAUCAACACCCAUGCCAUAGAGCCACAGGGUCUAGUUGAAUUUUUUGGCACUCUGUCAAAAGAAUGGGCCUUAGAUUGCAUGAAAGAGUUACUCCAAGUGAAUAUGCGUGGAAACCUGCAAAUUAUAGUCCAGGUAGCCAAGGAAUACGGGGAGCAGCUGGGUGUCGAUGCGUGUGUGAAGUUGUUUGAGAGUUUCAAGUCUUUUGAGGGAUUGUACUUUUUCCUCGGAGCAUACUUGAGCACAAGCGAGGAACCUGAAAUUCACUACAAGUACAUCGAGGCUGCGGCAAAGACUGGCCAAAUUAAAGAAGUCGAGCGUGUUACAAGGGAGUCCAAUUUCUACCCUCCAGAGAGAACCAAGAAUUUCUUGAUGGAAUCCAAACUCCCAGAUGCAAGGCCUCUCAUCAAUGUUUGCGACCGUCAUGGUUUUGUCCCAGAUCUCACUCACUACCUUUAUGUCAACAACAUGCUUCGUUACAUUGAAGGUUAUGUACAGAAGGUUAACCCUCAAAAUGCACCAUUAGUGGUCGGGCAAUUACUGGAUGAUGAUUGUCCUGAGGACUUCAUUAAGGGUUUGAUCCUAUCUGUACGCUCCCUCCUUCCGGUGGAGCCAUUGGUUGACGAGUGUGAAAAGAGGAACCGAUUGAGGUUGUUGACUCAGUUCUUGGAGCACCUUGUGAGCGAAGGUAGUCAAGAUGUGCAUGUCCACAAUGCUUUGGGGAAAAUCAUUAUUGAUACAAACAACAAUCCUGAACAUUUCCUCACUACAAACCCUUACUACGACUCCAAGGUUGUCGGCAAGUACUGCGAGAAGCGCGACCCAACUCUUGCUGUGGUAGCAUACAAACGUGGCAAUUGUGAUGAUGAGCUUGUCAAUGUCACCAACAAGAAUUCUCUCUUCAAACUCCAGGCCAGGUAUGUGGUCGAGCGGAUGGAGCCUGACUUGUGGUUGAAGGUUCUGAAUCCGGAGAACCCCUGUAGGAGGCAACUCAUUGAUCAGGUGGUGUCUACUGCUCUUCCAGAGAGCAAAAAUCCAGAGCAGGUGUCAGCCACUGUUAAGGCCUUCAUGACUGCAGAUUUGCCACAUGAGCUGAUCGAGCUCUUGGAGAAGAUUGUGCUCCAGAAUUCGGCUUUCAGUGGCAACCCCAACCUUCAGAACCUUCUCAUCCUCACAGCAAUCAAGGCCGACACAACUCGGGUCAUGGACUACAUCAAUCGUUUGGAUAAUUUCGAUGGUCCUGCAGUGGGUGAGAUUGCAGUAGGUGCUGAACUUUAUGAAGAGGCAUUUGCAAUUUUCAAGAAGUUCAACCUCAAUGUCCAGGCAGUGAAUGUUCUUCUGGACAACAUUCGCAACAUAGACCGUGCUGUGGAGUUUGCAGCCCGUGUCGAAGAGGAUGAUGUUUGGAGCCAGGUUGGUAAGGCACAGUUAAGAGAGGGACUGGUUAGCGAUGCCAUUGAGUCUUUCAUCAAGGCAAAUGAUGCUUCUCAAUAUAAUGAAGUUAUCGAUGUGGCAUCUGGUGUAAGAGCAUACGAGGACCUAGUGAGAUACUUGAACAUGGUACGCAAGAAGGUGAAGGAAGCUAAGGUGGACUCUGAAUUAAUUUUUGCCUAUGCCAAGCUUAAUCGGUUGGACGACAUUGAGGAAUUUAUCGUCAAUCCCAACCUUGCAAAUCUGCAAACUGUUGGAGAUCGCCUGUUUGAUGGAGAAUUGUAUGAAGCUGCCAAAAUUAUUUUCACGCACAUCUCCAACUGGGCAAGACUUGCCAGUACUCUUGUCAAGCUUCAUCAGUUCCAAGCAGCCGUGGAUGCAGCGAGGAAGGCCAAUAGCGCACGGACAUGGAAGGAAGUCUGCUUUGCUUGUGUGGACGCCGAAGAGUUCCGCCUGGCUCAAAUUUGUGGUCUCAAUGUUAUUGUCCAGGUGGACGAUUUGGAAGAGGUCAGUGAAUAUUACCAGAAUAGAGGUCGCUUUGAUGAGCUCAUCUCACUUAUGGAAAGUGGGCUUGGUUUGGAGCGCGCUCACAUGGGUAUCUUUACAGAACUGGGCACUCUGUACGCCAGAUACCGUCCGGAUAAGCUUAUGGAGCAUCUUAAGCUGUUUAUCACCCGGAUUAAUAUUCCAAAGCUUAUUCGUGUAUGCGACGAGCAGCAGCACUGGAAGGAACUUACGUACUUGUACAUUGCAUAUGACGAGUAUGAUAAUGCUGCGGCUACCAUGAUGAGCCAUUCUCCAGAGGCCUGGGAACACAUGCAGUUUAAGGAUGUUGCUGUUAAGGUUGCAAACGUGGAACUUUACUACAAAGCAGUGUACUUUUAUCUCGAGGAGUAUCCCGAGCUUAUCAAUGACUUACUCAAUGUGUUAUCUGCACGGGUUGACCACACACGAGUUGUGGAUAUCAUGAAAAAGGCUGGAUACCUACCGUUGGUGAAGCCAUACAUGGUUGCCGUCCAAAGUGCCAACAACGCUGCAGUCAAUGAGGCUCUGAACAACUUAUAUAUUGAGGAGGAAGAUUAUGAGCGGCUCAGAGAGUCUAUUGAUAUGUAUGAUAACUUUGAUCAGAUUUCAAUGGCACAGAGGAUUGAGAAGCACGAACUUCUGGAAAUGCGUCGCGUUGGUGCGUACAUCUAUAAGAGAGCUGGCAGAUGGAAACAAUCUGUGGCUUUGUCCAAGAAAGACAACUUAUACAAGGAUGCAAUGGAGACUUGCUCACAGUCUGGAGAUCGUGAGCUUGCUGAGGAGCUGCUUACAUUCUUCGUGGACAAGGGCAAAAAAGAGUGCUUCGCUGCUUGUCUAUACACUUGUUACGACCUUAUCCGUGCUGAUGUUGCGGUGGAGCUGGCAUGGAUGCAUGGCAUGAUGGACUUCGCCGUACCUUACUUGCUGCAGUUCUUGCGUGAGUACUCCACGAAGGUGGAUGAUUUGAUUAAAGACAAAUUGGAAGCUACUGAGGAGAAGAAGUCCAAAGAGCAACAGGAAAAGGACGUAGUUGCUGAAUCGAACAUGUACGCUCAACUCUUGCCUCUGGCUCUACCAGCUCCUCCUGUUGCUGGUAUGACUGGUAUGCCUGGUAUGGGCGGAGGUAUGCCAAUGCCGGGUAUGUCGGGUAUGCCAGGAAUGCCAGGAAUGCCCGGUAUGUCAGGGUACGGCAUGCCCUCUAUGAGUGCUUUUUAAACAGCCCUGAAACUGUGUACAUGCACAAACGAAGACUUCUUUGUGAGCCUGGGUGGCGGACGAAGAAUGUGACCACAGGGUGGAGAACUGAGAUAUUUGUUGCCUCCCAGUCAUUGCGUGUCUUUUAAUAAGGAUGUUGAAUGCAUCAAUUCUUUUGUAGGCUCUAGUUUGGUUAGAUACAUACAGUUGAACAAGGACAGGCGCCGGGAGUGAUUACGUUCUCAUCAUCCUGCCACAAGGUGUACAUGAGGGUGAUGCUAAGGUGUACAUGAGGGCUUGUGGAAAAUAUUCCUGUUUGGCUGAUAGACAAGCAUAGGUCAGAUCAUAUUCAUAUCCAUGUCCAUUUCCUUGGGUGGAUCUUACUGCACUUAAAUAGGUUAGCGAAUGUUGCAGCAGCCUUCUCCUUCAAGUACAGAGAUUUACCACUUUUUCCUGAAGUGGUAUCUGCAGUAGAACCCGUCCUUUUGGGCUGUGUUCCUUUUUAUGGCGAGAGCUCUGCAGUAAAAUUGCUGUGUUUAGUGCUAAUUUCGCACAUUAUCGAUGCGUUCGUUAAGAAAUGCAAUUAAAAAACUUGGUACACGUAAGUAAUUAGAAAUUUAA